AGGCUCGAUAGGGUCGGUAAAGUGUGAAAGUGGGUUGUUUUUGAUUGUUAUAAGCGUCAAAGAAUUGUCAAAAAUGUUAUCGUUUAACGAUCAAUCUUUUCGACAAUUGGCACAUUUAAGUUAAUUAUUUAUUAGAUAUCAGUUGUGUGAGCUAAAAUCGUUUGACCAUACUUGUAUAUAGUGUGUGUAAGAAUAAAAAGUUUGUUUAGGUGAAUCUAUACGAUGGGAACUAGAUUUGCAGCCUACAGUUUAAAGCUGACCAGUCUACAUGAUUAUUAUCAACGGCUACUUCAUGGAACUCAGCCGAUGCCUUCCGGCUUGGACAUUGCAAACACGCUGAAAUAUUUUUCUCAAACUUUGCUAUCUCUGUUAAAAGAAGUGCGCGAAUCACCAUUUGAAAUGAUCAAAUCACAACAGUUUGAUGGAGAACGAAUGGCAUUGUAUCCAAAUUUAGAUUACAAGCAACUUUACAAUGCAUUGACACAAUUAAUUGAUGUUGUACCAUUGAUUCACAUUGGUUUACAAGCAUUUGGAAAAGCUUUGUUGCAAUGUCUAGCAUGCCUGUUGCCAUUCCUCGAUCAUGACCUGAUUGACAAUUUAUCGUACUUAACUGCUAGUACAAUAUCGGUACUUCCUAUGGAACUGCAUGAAGAAAUUGUCAACUACCUCUGUUUUUACAUUUUGCCAUUUACUAUCACAAGAAGAAUUGAAGCUAGUGACAAAAAUGCUGCUAGUCAAUCAGUGGCUGCUGUUAUAAUGAUGGUGUUUCAGUAUUCUAAUAAUCCAGCACAUCAUUGUCAAUUGCUGGAAUGCCUAAUGGCUUUGAAACCAGGAGUUGUAAAAGACAUACUUUGCGUUAUCGCUUAUGGUACUGCAUCUGCAAGAGCAUCGGCUGCAAAAUUGCUCUUUUAUUAUUGGCCGUCCUUCAAUCCAAAUUUAUUUGACCGCCGUGCUGUAUUGGUAAAAUUUGCGAACGAUCUUACUCCGUUUGUAUGUCAACGGGACAGUUGUCCGAAUGCCGGCAAUGCGGAAGCUGGUAAAGUUUGUUACGAUCAUCGCAUUUCCAUUACAUUUGGUACUGAAUCUCCACCACCUCUUUAUCUUUGUAUCGAAUGCGCGAACGAAAUCCAUCGAGAGCAUCCGAAUCAAAUGUUUUACGAUAUUUUACAUCCGAUGCAACAAGUGUCCAUGAUUUGCGAAAAUAAGAAUUGUAGGGCAGCUGACAAAUCAGCCAUCAGCAUUUGUUUUUCGACUGAAUGCGCGAGUUACAAUGGAAAUCAUCCUAUACGAUAUUGUCAGCAAUGUCACAAUAUUCGUCACAAUAAUCGUCGUGGCGGUGAUCAUGUUUAUCACAUGGCGCUUCCACACAUCUCGCAGCUGGACUCGCAAACGCAAACUUAUAUGGUUCAAGCGAUUGUCAGUUUACUUAAAGAAGCUGAACCGCAAAAUAUCGAUAGUAAUCGGGAUGUGACAGAAAUGAGUGCUGUCAACAAGGGAGGCAUAGGAUUCUCAGGAGGUAGCGUUGGCGGCGGUGGAGCUAUCGGAAGUACCUUCGGGAGUCACUGCGAUCCUACAAGUUUAGAAGAACGACAACUUCUCGGCAGAUAUGGCGUAUGGCUGCUUGUUGGACUUUGUACUCCUAAUGAGGAUACCCCGGUUGAAAUACUGGGCCGUUUAUUAUCAAUGUUAUUUCAUUGGUUUCAUGUCACUGCCUACUGUUUCGAUGGCCAAGCGGAAAGCGCGCUCGAGAAAUUAAAAACAGAACACGUCUGUGGCUGGCUUUCGGAAGUUAUGAAGACUCAUUAUGAAGUAUUCAUUUCCUGUCUUUUACCGCAUCCCGCAGAUUACGUCAGAGUUGGGGGUCAUUGGGAAACCUUGGCUUCACGAACGUCGCAUUUGAAAGACGGAUUACAUCGAUUAUUUUGUUUGGUACCGUACGAAGUGAUUACGCCCGAUGUAUGGGAUUACGUGAUGCCGCAUUGGAUGGAAGCAGUAGUAAAUGAUGUUCCCGAACACGAACUUCAAGAAUUAAAAAUCAUAUUGAGCAAAAUUUUGGAUCGAGAUAUGAAUUCUUUGGGAUUUGACACAAAGAAGAUGUACAACUUUGUAGCGAAGCGAUUUGUCAAUACGAGCGCAAAAGUACAAGAACAGGCCCUUAAUUGGCUACAGACGCUUACUAUGCUGGAAAUAACAAUGCCCCUGGAUCAACUAUUUUCAAUAUUCAGUGAUGGGAUUGCCGUGAUGCAAUCGAUGAGUUGUGCAGAAUCGGAAUUAAAGCCAAGUAAAUCUGCAAAGGAUAACGAUAAUGGAAAUGUUACAUGUUCCAUAGUAGAAAAUGACUCGGGAAAGUCGACACCACUUUCCGAUGAUAUGGUACCAACGCCAAGGCAUAUGGAAUUUUCGACGAACGCCGAACUCAAUUUAUCUUGUUGUAUUCUUAUGCUCGAUAUAUUACUAAAACAGAUGGAACUUCAAAAUAUGGAUAAGCAUACUGGUAUUAAUACAUGGGUUUGCCGAGAUGCUUGCCACUUGAUGAAAUCUAUAGUUGCAUCUAAUUGGAAUAACUGUCACAUAUGCGACGCAUCGGAAACAGAAUGCACUUAUUGCGAGUCGAGGGUGAUUUGGCACCAGUUGUGUCUGCAAUUGAUUACGUACAUGGCACCGGAAAAUCCGGCAUAUCCUCCCGAUACAAUUGUGGAUGAUACCGCGGAAGAUCAUGGUCGUAAGAGUUCACCAGAAACGACAAAAAAGAGCGAUUCGAAACCGGAUGUAGUUAUCAAUAUGCCAGUGCCAGAAAUGCAUUCUGUAGGCGGAGUUUUAGUUCACAUGCCACACUUUUUCGAACAGAUUAUGACAGCCACAGUAGAGACAGUUUCGGAACAGCUGGAUCUCGCAGCUAUAAUGCCAACGGAAAAGAUCAUGUCCGCUGUCGCGAGAACGGUCACGUUAUCGGAAACUGAUGUCGCUACUGCAACGGUAAGCGUGGCAAAACCCCACUUGAUUGGCGAAAACGAUGAGCCUGUCAACUUGAGCCCGGAAGCUGAUUUAGACGAUUUUUGGCAUACCUCUGUAGGGAAAUUUCGUUUUACAAUAGAAGAACUGCCGGAACAACUUCAAUAUAUUCAUAAACUAUUGAAGGAGAUAAUGACAAUUGACAAACCUGAUAUCCUUUAUUAUAUGUUGCAAUGCUUGAAUGUAAUGUGUUUAUAUGGCGACGCAUUUAACAUGGCGGUGAAGGAUCAUCAAGGAUUUUUCAUAUGGUGCCAGGAAAACUUGUUGAUAAAAAAUUUAUGGGAGCUCCUAAAUGCAGAACAUUCACAUAUAGCACAAGUAACUGUUCCAUUAUUAUUACAUUGCGUGACAUUACCGUGCGGCACUGAUACUUUUUGGCGGCUCGUACAAGAAGAGUUUCACAAUUCUGAUUGGCGCGUUAGAUUCGUUGCAGUUGAGCGUGUUACAUUAAUUGCAAGAUUUAUGGACUCGACGCCAUUACGAAAUAUAUUGAGUCUCCAAGCUGCAUUAGCAAAUGCAUUUUGUUACUUGAUUACAAGCAUGGACGACAAUAAUGUAUAUGUAGCACAGCGUGCAACCUUAUAUCUCGGAACUAUUCAUGAUGCAGCAAUCAGGUCGUUAAUUUUAUGCCUGGAGACACAAUUCGAUUCCGUAAUCGUAGACCGGCCGAUGGUAUUGCAAUCGCUUUAUCAGCUACACAAUAGCCUUAGCGAUCGGCGGAUCUUGACAUGGGAAUUUUUUCUAAAUCGAUUCGAUACGUUAUUUCUCGAAGCCCAAAUCAAUUUGGAGAAAUCGGGAGAUAUAGCUUAUUUGCGCGAUCUAAAAAAUACAGAUUUGAAUAGCGAAGUAUUCAUGAAAAAGUUGCAUCGCGCGCACGAAGCACUAUCUCAAUCGGACGGUAGCGGGACAAGUUCCGUAAAAACGCUGAGCGCGAGUUUCGGCACAAAAUGGCCAUAUAAGCGCACCAUGUCCGCGCCCGCAUCGAUGAUACCUCGACAAGACACUAAACAAGAAAAGGAAAAGGUGUACAGCCGACAAUAUUCUGCGCCCAUCUUGAAAAGGAAGAGUUCGAGAUUUGGACUGGAUGGUCAUAUACAUUCACUGAACAUGGUUGAUGAAGCUAGCACAUUACCAGGAUACACUCACAAGAUUGUGGAUCUUGAAGAAGCAGAUAAAGAAACAAUGCACUUGCUAAUCUUUCUGUUGAUGCAAUUUCUCUCGAGACAAGAUCAGGCUUAUCCAACGGAUGAGAAGCCACUAUCAAAAACACAGGGCAUAGUUUUGCGGCACUUGUAUCUUCUUUUAGGAUAUAAUCAGACUGAGCGCACUUUCCAUACUUCUCCGCAACGUUUAAGGCUGUCACCAGUGUUUAAUGUCUUUAUCGCCAACUUACCACAACUCUUAGACCAGAAUCAUGUAAUGGGUUGGGUAAUGACACCGCCAGUUUUAGCAAUAUUGCAACAUUGCCCUUGCCCUCCACAAUCUAUUCCUCCUACUGAUCAUCAACCUCCGAGUUAUAGUCUUUGGUAUUUAGAGCCACACAUCAGGCGAUCCUGGUUGAUGUCUUUGCUUGUUAUUUUGUACAAGUGUCAAUAUGGACAACAACCGUGGUGUAAUCAACUUCAAGUAUUAGUGAAGAUAGUGUUGAAUACGCUCGACACCCAGCAUCAUCAAUGUAAAAGAAUUCCAGCGACUGUAGUUAUGGCUGCGCCACCUUCCAGAUCACGUGAUGUGUCUCAACCCUCACUCGGAGUGGAACACGAGUUAACAACGAAUGCAAUGGGGGAAAUGGACACGGAAACUUCGGCAAUGCGCGCAUCAAUGGUUUCAGUGCAUCAACGGAGUCCUGGAGGAAUGCAUGGACAAAUGGAGACCCAUUGGGAAGAAAAUAAUGGUCCAGCUUGUCGUUAUUUCAAUAAACAUUUUACUAGUUAUUCGAUCAAUGCGGAUGAUACGGAGUCUGAGCUUGCUGCGAUUCCUGAAAGUCCAAAAUCUGACAGCACCUUACAUAACAGCAGUGGAGGAUCUCUCGGCGAGUUAGAAGAUACGGCUCCCCAAAAUAUGCUUCUUCAAGAGCCACGUACAUCGAUUAUAUUGGAUGGAAAAGGUAUAACAGAAUCAAACAAUCGAAACAUUAAUAAAUCGAGGAUAGAAUCUGUGACGAAACCUAUAUGGUUUUUAGGAAACGAAGAUGAAGUUCAUCAGGGAAAUAAAACGGGACAUCAAAAAAAAUGGAGCGUGUACGAAGGAGUAAAAAUGAUGGUAACAGGCACCUUUUUAACAGGACAACAAGAGCUUCCAAAAUCCGAAUCUAAAACAACUGUACCGCUGCUAAAGAAUGGAAAAGGGCAUUUGCCAUAUAAUGGAGAUACUGUCUCGUCAAAACCGUACGAUCUGUCAAGCGCCUUAGCCCUUGCUACGAGCAUUUCUCACAUUCAAAGAUCCGAUUUGCCAAAGAAGAAAGAAAAAGAAAAAGAGAAAGAGAAUGAAAAAGAAAGAGAGAAAGAGAAGGAUAAAGAAAAGAGCAAGGAAAAGAGAAUGGAGAAAGAGAAAGAAAAGGAAAAGGAAGAGGAUAAAGCGUUUGUAAAAAUCGCAGGCACUAACACCGUCAAUAACACCGAUUCGCUAAAUGCGAAGCAUCUAGGUCGACAAAAGCAUGUUGAACAGAUCACAAUUACAGCGACAUCGCCAGUUUCACCUUGUCAAGUGAUUACAGUAACCAACAGUGAUCAUUCGAGUUCACCAGCCCUGAGUUCUUCUAUAUCAUCGCAAAUCAUAAGUAUGGAGAAUGGACAACAAACAGGUGGUCUUCCAAUUAGUACACAACCAUUGAUAACUACUCCAACAAUCGAAAGAUUAUUGCCAAUUGGUACGAUAAUUCGCGCGACUGGAUCGCGAACUGCGCAACGUGUAUUAAAAUGCGAAGACACAUAUGGCUCUCCUGAAUCACCAUUAUCCAAAAUGGAUAUUUUGACAGUUAGUUCUUCAUUUGAACAAGAUAGUGAGACUUGCGUGUCUAGUGACAUUACGAGUCCACAUAGCAUUUCUCAAUUGGAGUUUCCAACGCCAGAACGAUUGCUGCCAGUUGGUGGUUCUCAGAGAGAUUUCUCUAAUUUAGUCGAACGAGUACGUCAAGCUCUUGAUAUCUCAGAUAUCGAAGAUACGAAUAAAUCGAAUGACAAUGCAAAACUUGACACUCAUAAUGUGGUACUCAUGAAGCAAGAUAGCGGAACAUCCGAAAAUAUGUCAGCGUCACUUGUACCGACAUGCAAUGAGAUUAAUUCGAGUAGAUCGCCAAGUCCGAGAAGAUUAAUUAAACAAGUGGCUCUAGAAUCGUCUCCGCCAGCGGUUGAUUCCGGAGAUUUUCUCUCAAAAGUAGCAGAUUAUGAACAAAAGAUUAAAUCGAGGGAUCAAUUUCGUAUUCAACGUGACAGGAUACGAAAAAUCACAACUACAACGGAUCAUGAUGCGAUUACUCAUGCGAGACGGACAGAGUCCUGGUCUGGUCCACAAGUCCAACAAAAUUUAGACUUUGCCUCUCAACAAGUGUAUCAUGCAGAUUUCAAUUUAAAGCAGAGUUUAUUUCGCAUCGGUGACGAUUGCGUUUAUGAUAGAUGCUCAGAGUGUGGAACAAUAAGAGAAGAAUAUUCCGAUGAGGAGCUCGGAUUGUGUAUAAUAACCUUAGGAACGUUUAUUCAUCGAGAACCAUCUUUAGCGGCACCAUUAUUACCGGAAAUACUUGGAGUAGUUACCAAGGUUGGACUUUACGCAAUGUAUCCUUGGCAAAGCGAAACAAAUAUGCAUUUGCCAGGUGGUGCAGUUAGCGUAGCGCAUCAGUUUCUUAGAUGCGUUCUUCAUCAAUUAGCACCUAAUGGAGUAUUUAUGCAAAUGUUUCAAACUCAUUUAAACGAGACGACAAGAUUGCAGUUUUUUAAAAGCGUCGCGCAAGCUUUAAUCGAUUUUAACGAAUUAAAUCCCAUUGCGCCUCUGCAAUUGUUGCUCGAGACAUUAAAUAUGAAAAAAUCAUUGCCUUUGGAACGCCUACCGGUAAUAUUGUAUAAUAUUGCGUGUUACUUGGAUUGCUUACCGUUGGAAGCAGGAUUGGGUCCGGGUGCAGCCACAUGGAGCGGAUUAUUGGCACAGUUUGAUGGACUAUUUCGCAGACUCGUUCUUAUGCUUUCUUCCAUUGAAGAUAUUACUCCUCUCUUACGAAUUAUAAUUUCUAUAUUGAAGGUGCCAGGGAUUCAGCAAUCAAAGGGAAUGCUAGACCCAUUUUCCAAAGUAUUAAGUUAUGCCAUACAAAAUUCAACGUUGCAGUAUAAUAAUUUAACAGAUCUCUGCUACUUGUGUCACAGAGGAUUUACUCGUGAUCGUGAUAAGCAUUUUUUUGGAAGAACAAUUGUAUUCGAAUUAAUUCAGGCUAUUAAAUUUAAAAUUACAAUACCAGAUUCAAAUUUUCUAUUACUUCUUCAAUUUGUGCUUCAGGAUAUUGGAGGAUCCUUGCCUAAUACUAUCAUCGCGAUGGAAAAUAAUAUUCAAACGGAUAUGUCGCCAAUCUACAAUACGAACGCCUCUGAAUCUCUAAAGAGUCAGUUGUCGGAUGUCCUUGAAUUUUUAGCUGAUUUUCACACUUUAAGCAAAAUCAAGAGUUAUAACAAAGGUAUGCAGGCUGGAUUGAACGAAGAUACAUUGGGUGGAAUAUUAAAGUGCGGCCUUGCUCAAUAUGUGGCUUUAGAAAUUACGAGGGGCAAUAACAGAGAGAAUAGAGCCGUCGCGCGUUACUUGCCAUGGUUAUAUACCGCACCAUCUACCAUACAACAAGGUGCUCGUGAAUACGUCGAUUGUAUCGGUCACAUUAGACUCUUGUCUUGGUUAUUACUGGGAUCACUGACACACAUGGCCAUGUAUACCGGCAACACGAACAGUCUUACUCAUUCAGCGAUACCGUUGGCGCAACCGAUACCUCAAGAAGUGUCUUGUCACAUUGCCGAUCAUAUACAAAUGAUUUUCUCAGGAUUUCCAGAACAAUCGAAAACAUCAGUUCUCCAUAUGUCGUCGCUCUUUCAUGCGUUCAUUCUUUGUCAACUUUGGACGAUAUAUUUGGAAGAACUGUCCAAGAAUAAUGCAUCAAACAGCGAGAGUCACAAUAUUACUAUGAAUAUUUUGUUAGAAUUUUGGGGCAAGAUAACGCCUUGUAUUUUGCAACUCGUCUCUUAUUCGAAAGCCCUAUCUGAAAUGCUCAACUUGCAUUUCUUGAGCUUAUUGGAGGCUUUGUUGGAAUGCGGAUCGAUUCUGCUAAGUAAAUUACUACCUCUGUGGAAUGCUAUUUUAUUUUCUCAUCAUGUUCAACUACCUGGUCAUUUACAGAUGCGUUUGCAAAAUUGCCGCGAUUUCCCGCCAAGCAGAAUGGCAGAACAUUUUGUUUCAAACCGAAGAGAAUCAAAUGCAGUACUCUUACGAUGGUUGCAUCGAUUACAAUUUAAGAUGGGACAAAUAGAAAUGCAAUCCUCCACCGCCACACAAUUCUAUUCCAUUUAAAGAAGAGAAGGAAAGAGGGUAUGGUCCGAUGGUAACUUUAUAAAUUAGAUUUGAGUCUCGUAAUCUUUUCUAAAAAUUGUAGAUACAGAGUGAACGAAUAUAAUUGAGAAAGCACCUAUUUUUGUGUCAAAUAAUAAAAUGUUUGUGUAUUUGUAAUAUUGUACAUAAUUUAAGUACUACAUGUGCAAAUUAUUAUUUAAUGAUUGCGAGAGAUUUCAAUCAAGUUAAUGUUUUGAAGUUUACACAUGUUGUAAUGCUUAUAUCAUUAUUGUUGUCGUCGUUGUUGUUGGACCUUUUGGUUUAAUCAUCAUUAGUGCACGUUUUAGAGUAUAAUCCCAACCUCUCCAACGGAACCAGACAAUACCUUUAGAAAUAAUAUGAUGAUUAUAAUAAGCGAUUGAAAAAUCUGAUUCUUAUUUGCUAAAUGCAAAGAAGAGAAUUUAACACACAUUUGACUUGCAUUAUUUACAAUCUCUGCUUUCAUUCCAUUAUUAAUUAAUACGACACAAAAUUUUCCUCAAUUGUGUGUUUGCUGUAGCAAGUUAUAAACGUACCUUGUCGUGCAGUAAGAUCUUGCGGAUCGUUUAAAUAAAGACCAUUCAAACCGCGUCCGCAAGAUUUCCACCACCAACCACCUUUAAGCAUCGAAGCGCAAUUCAAAGAUGAUCUAUCAUUAUCCCUAGAGUCAUAAAUAAAAAAAAGUCUAAAUCCAAUGCAUUUUUGUGGCAAUGACAUGUUGCAUUGUUGCAAACAUUUUGCGUAUCGUUACAAUGAUAUAAUGUGCAAAGAUGUAUUUCAUUAUACGUAAUAAAUGUGUUACGUGUGUGUAUCGCUUACCUAUUA